UAUGAGAGUUUUGUAGAUUUUGACAUUCGAGUAAUAGAUGUAUGAUUCUCUUACUCCAAAGAGAGUUUCAAAUAGGAGUGUGAAGGAACAAAGAUUUUGGCUAGCGAAACGUGAAGUAAACGACGUCGUUCUUUAUUCCAGCUUAAAAAAAAACACGUGCUCUUCCACCUUAAAAUGAAAAUCUCAGGUUGAAACAACACUUUCAAAUCUGAAACACCUCAAUUUUUCCAGAAUUGAUGGUUUAUUUUCGAAUUUUUUUGAAGAAUGAGUUUGAAUAGCAGCAGGAGCCCGCCACGUGGCAAGAGGUUUCGAAGCAUUGAACGAGUUUCUUACCGUGAUGCACCGUACUCCAGGGACCGCCGGAAUCAUCGGCAAGAUUAUUUGUGCAAUAAAUGUAAGCGACCCGGACAUAUUGCAAGGGAAUGUCCAAAUAUGACUGUGUGCAACAACUGCGGGCUUCUUGGUCACAUCGCAGCUGAAUGCAACUCAACCACGAUGUGUUGGAACUGCAAGAAGCCAGGGCAUCUUGCCAGCCACUGCCCUAAUGAGCCUGUUUGUCAUAUGUGUGGUAAGAUGGGCCACUUAGCUCGCGAUUGCCUAAAUUCAGGAUUUCCAGCUCAUGAUGCAAGACUCUGCAACAACUGCUACAAGCCAGGCCACAUUGUUGCAGACUGUACCAAUGAGAAGGCUUGCAAUAACUGUCGAAAAACUGGCCAUCUUGCUCGCAACUGCCCUAAUGAGCCAGUUUGCAACAUCUGCAAUAUAUCAGGUCAUGUAGCCCGACAAUGUACUAAAUCAAGUCUGACAUCAGACAUGGGAGGCUCAUUUCGAGACAUUAUUUGCCGCAACUGUGGCCAGCCAGGCCAUAUCAGCCGCGACUGUGUGUCCAUUGUCAUAUGCAAUAACUGUGGCGGAAGGGGUCACCUUCACUAUGAGUGCCCUUCUGCGAGGAUGUAUGACCGUGGUGGUGUACGUAGAUAUCCUUUGUAUCUAGAUCCAUUUCUGGCCAGAAGUUAACAAAGAAACACAGCAAGGUAUGAUGACCCAUCAAGGAGGCUUCAAUAAAUCAAUAUCUACUAGGGUUGAUAACGGAUGAAAUUUGGUUCAGUUUUCGGUUUUUUAGAUAUUACAUAAUAUAAUAUUAUGAAUCAAAUCAAAUUUUUAUAUGAUCUAAAUUAUAUCG